AUGGCUUCGAGCAUAUCGCAAGAACUCGACCCUUACUUCCUUAGCGUUCCUUAUGCCAAAAGAUGGGAUCUAUUUCAGCCCACAAUACGUUCCUUAUACGUCGAUAACAAUCGUAACGUAACAGACGUUGCUAGAAUAAUGAAAGAAGAUUACAAAUUCUCGGCUCUUGAACACCAGUACAAGUACUAUCUGAAGAAAUGGAACUUGACAAAGUCCGUCCCUAAAGAAAAAAAGGAAGCUGCCGUCACUGCCCUCGGAAAACGCGUCCGGGAUGAUAGCACAUCUACUACUGUUAUUAAAUACAAAGGAGGUGAGAUAGACAAGAAGCGACUUCGUCGACACAUAGUUGAGCUAGAGAGGACACACAAUAAAAACAUGGCAGUACUAUACUCAGGCGGAAAUACUUUCAUACGUUGGAACUUACCAUAUCGUGCAUUCUCGUCGUCAACAUCUGCAGCAGCCAAUCAUCGAUCCCCAUACUGGACAACAGACUCGACGCCAAGUGACAUCUCUGUAGUCAGUCCAAGUGCCAACAGGAUCGGAGGCAGUCCUUUUAUUAACGGCCCAUCUCUGUCAGAUGCGCCAUCUCCUACUGUGCUUGUAUUAAGAGGAAAAUUUCAGCGCGAAAGAACGGAUCUUUUUCUUGGUGGUGAUCACGAAAAGCUUUUACAGCGUAUGGGCAAACGAGAGAACAUGACACUAACAACAUGGCUUUAUCAAUUUUGGCUAUUCUCCUUCAAGACAGCCAAGUAUUGGGGCGUUGGGCCAAGAAACUGGACGUCAGAUAUUCUCGAAUUUGAUCGCUAUCGAGAUAAAGUAUCACCAUCCUUGUCAAAUACGCCAAACUUCAAUGGAGAGAUACCAGCAACCCCUAGGAGUAGCGCUGCUAUUGAUGUCAUUGGUGAAUCAUCGGAUUCAAACCGCCAUCCAGCUCAAUUAUGCCGGUGGGCCAUUCAUGCAAACAUCGGUGUCUAUUACUCAGGAAUAUCGAGUCCUGGUUCUGUCUACUCAGAGGGCUUGAGCGACAGCGAAGACUCGGAGAGUGGAGAGCCAGAAAGUGAAGACUGGGAGAAUGGAGAUUUGGAUACCCGUGACCCUGAUACUUGGAAGAGAUGGCAAGCCAAUCGCAAUCCCACCAACUUUGCGAGAAAGCUGAAAGCUGCGUUGAAAAAUAAUCUCUUCAGUAAUAUUUGCGCCUCUGAUCUGCCUAUCACUACCACAUCAUUGACAGAAGCUGCGAAAACUUCAUCUUCUGCUUUAUUGAUGGAGUGUUUUGGUUUCGCCAUCAUGACCAGGAAUCCGAAGCUCUUUUGGAAGAUUUUGCCCAGAAUCGAAACUACAGUAAUACAGAAUAGUAAUUUAUACCCUUUACAUCUAGCGACCAGCUUUUUAGAUGGGUCUAAGACAUGUUGCAUUAUUCUCGACGCAUUGGUGAAUCAGAUGGGCAUUUGCAACUCUGUACGCAAGCUCUUUAUCAACGAUCGUGGCCACACAGUCUUGGAUAAUCUCAUGAUGGCAAUCCUGAAAUCACAUACGUCUUGCCCACCAGUCACUGUGGACGAUUCUUUCAAAGACUUGAAUCAUUGGUCGGGAGAAGAAGUUGACAUUUGUGGGAGAUGGGAUGCCGAUUCACCGUGCGUCCGCUCUCACUUAGCUGAAGGGAAUGCUUCCAUCCCAAUCGGUUGGAAGCACAUGUUCUGUCAUACCUCCGUCCAAACCAUUUGUCACUGCAUCGGCCGUAUUUUUGGACCAUCAUACGCCCCUAAAAUUGGUACACCAAGCGGGCUUUUUAUGAAACACUGUCAAAAGUGUGGACACAAACUCCAGCUAUUACCCCUCCACUCACUUGUUCUGGUAGCUUUUCAUCUUGCACAAAGUGGGUGCGAAGACGAGAAUCUUUUUGGUAUACUUGCAGUUCUGGUGUGUUUUUUAGCAAAUGGUGCAAAUCCUCUUGAUCGGGCAGCUAUCUCGAUGAAAGCGCUUAGAGGUCAAGAUAACGCAGAUGAAUGCAGCCAUGAACUUCUUGAGCCAAUUGAUAUUGCGGAUAAGAUCCCCAGCACACUUAUGUCAUCAUGGACUUCCGAUGCAAGAUUGGGAUGGAGCGUCUUUUGCAGUGUUUUACGCUACGCUGGGAAUGAAAGAAGAUCCAGCGAAGUCACAACGCGUUCAAGUUUGAACCCUAUGAAUCGCGGCGACGAUUUCUCGGCUUUUCUAGAGUAUGGCAGUGAUAGUGACGUCGACAUGAAUGAACGAAGUGGGGAUAGAGAUGAAAAUGAAGCGGAGACGGAAACACAUUCUCCAGUAUGCGACCACGACGAACCGAACAAUAACUUCUAUGGACGAAGCGAUGUUGUAGGAAAACUGUGGGCAGCUGUACAAACCGAAUUACUAACUUACCGCCGACUGGAAGAGGGGGAUAGCUGGCUAUCAAGUAAUUUCGACAUGCGUUCCCUCUUAGAUGGCAUCCCGCUUGGAUUUGUAUCACUGCCCCUACUGGAAAAUGAUAUGAUGAACCCGUUCUGUCGAUGUGGAAGAUUUAUCAAUGUUCAGGAUGAAGCUUGUGUAUGUGUUAAUGAAGCAUGUAGUCACUACUUCUCCAAUUUGGAAGAUUGGGAAAGAAGCGCGUAUAUUGCGAUUCCGGAAGGUGGAAUGUACUAUGAGUACGCUGAUGAGGAUUAA